AUGGGUCUCGCCUACAACACGUAUCUUAACAGCGGCCGAAUCUACGGCUGCAAGAAGUGCCAAACACACCUUGCAAACCAUGAAGAUAUCAUCAGCCGAAACUUCCGCGGCCAGCACGGCAAAGCCUAUCUCUUCAACAGCGUGGUCAAUGUCGAGACGGGCGACCCGUCGGAGCGCAACAUGACGACGGGGAGGCACGUGGUGCGCGACAUCACUUGCCGCAUGUGCCACGACGUGGUCGGGUGGAAGUACGACAAGGCUUACGAGUCGAGCGAGAAGUACAAGGAGGGCAAGUUCAUACUCGAGGCCGAGCUGCUUGCCAUGGUGAGUUAA